AUGGAGGCAAAUCAUCUUUUGCGACCCCAAAGCCCUUUCCCGGCCACCGGGGCUCGCCGGAAGCACAUGCACAAGCCGAAAGUAUCUCAUCAUCAUGUUCUCGCCGUUCUGACGAGGCCGACCAAGAACGUCGAGGGCUUGACAAGCUCAAAAACUGUUUAUAAUGACAAUUGGUUCGAUCGUCUAGCGAUCAAUCAUCUCUCCCACAACGUCCAAGCUGCAUCAGGGUUGAGAAACAAUAAGGGUGGAUACGAUGGUUUGGUGGAGGCAGCAAAAGUGGCAUCACGGAACUUCAAUCCAACCCAACAACAAAAAAUUAUCAUUGAAGCUCUUGAUAAAGCCUUUCCUAAGCCUAUCCUCUAUUUGGCAAAUGAAUUUUGUAAGGUAAUUAUAUCAAGCGACAAAGCUGUUCUAUUCGUUAUCAAUAUCCAUAAGAUGUGGCAUCGCCUCUCUGUUCACAUAGCCAUCUAUGUCCUCCGUGAUAUCCGUAUGAUACUACCAGAAUCUAAGCUUGCAAGGGAAUAUUUUGCCGCUUUCACUACUGUCUUUUUCUCUUGGCUUGUUGGCCCCUGCGAGGGCUUUGAAGUAAUCAUUCAAUUCUCUAUUUUGCACAAGAACUCAGAACUGGUAAUGAGAGCUUAUACAAAGCAGAUGAGAUUACAGUGUCAAUUUAAUGAGCUCCAGGUCCCCAGUGAGACUGAUAAUCAUUGUGGCAACUAUCGAAUGAAACUUCAGUAG